GGACUUUCCAACAACAUGGCUGCAACCAGAGGAGCACCUUCAAUCAACUCCUUUUUCAAGCCGAUCAUAAGGAAAUAUUGCACAAAGUGCAGCGGAGGUGUCGAUACACUACAAGAGCCGAUGAGAAUGGAGGCCAAGGAAGUGAAGAGGAAGACAACCACCGUGGGAGGAUAUCAUGAUGGGAGUUGCUGCUGGGUUCCGCAUCACCAGACCGGAAUUUAUUACCCCAAGGGCCAUGAGAAGGUCAUGGCCGAUGUUUCUGCUCAUGCCACCAAAGAUCAUCAGAUUAAUUGGUUUCCCUAUGAUUAGAGAUGUUAUA